UAUAGCUCCCCUCAUCACAAAGCUUCACGUGUUUUCUCACAUCAACAAAACUGCCACCCAUUUGAUCUUUCCUUCAUUUCUCUCUCUCUCUCUCUUAAUUAUAUAAAUAAAUAAAUAUAUUCCACCUCUUUAGUUCUUCCCUCUGUUUCCUCUGCCUACACCCCAAUUCCUGUCGGUCUCAGUAGUUUUUAUAGUUAAGAUUUGUUAGUUCCUUUCAUAAAUUUAUAUAAAAUUAAAAAAAAAAAAAUCAUGGCAAAGAAUUCAUCAUCAAAGCAAGUUGGUGGGUCGUCUUCUUCAUCUGGUAGUUCCACCAUUGCUGACCUUUUUGGUCCAAAUCCUUCUUCUUCAACUUCUUCUUCACCCAGCUUGUUUAGCUCUGUCUUUGGUCCACCUUCCAUGGGAAAAGGAAGAGAUUCAACUCACCAUGUUGGGAAUGUCAAGCAUGACAAUGGAGCACCAGUAAGCAAAGGGGAGAAUAGCAAGUAUUCUUACUAUCAACAACAAAAAGUUGAUCAGCCUUGCUAUUACACCUCUUCAAUCUACUAUGGUGGACAAGACGAAGUUUAUUCUCCUACUACGCGUCCAGGUGAAUCUCAUAAGGGUGAACCAGUAGUAGAGGAAGAUCCCAAAAGUGCUCUUAGAGGAAAUUGGUGGCAAGGGUCAGCAUAUUAUUAGCCGCGUCUUCUACAAGAGUCAGCUGUCCCCUCUUGGAAACUAAGGGAUAUGUGGGGGACUGCUUCUUGAUAGCUAUCGAUCUUCACAAGUUAUGACUUGUAGCAGAAACGACGAAUAUACCGUAUAAGUUGGUUGCGUAAACAGCUUUUAAUCUUACUAGUCUUAGAUCAGCUAAAGCCUGAAUCAACUUGGCUGGGGUUUGUUUUUGCUCCCAGCUUCCUUGGAGGGCUUAGCUUAGCUUAUUAGCUUUUCAUUUCCUAGGAUCAGCUGUGUCUGACAUAUAGUAUACUAUACUUUUAAUGCUUAUAUUUAGUAUAUGACUAUAUCCCAGACUCUGUACUUCUCCUCUGUACACAGACCGAGUUGUUAAUUACAAUUAAUAUACCCUAAUGUUAAUUUGCUUAGUAA